AUGGCGUCUCUGUGGUACUGCUGCGGCUGCAACUUCGGCCCUCACAACUCGUCUCUCUACGACUCCUGUAUCCAGUGCGGAGCCGUCCGUUGCGCUCGCUGCGUGGAAGAAAAGCUCUCUGACAACAUGCACGUCCACUCCAAUUCCCACAGCAGCGACCCAAUCUCUGCAUACCCAGCUGCCAUCCCCAUGGGCUCACUCAGCUCCCCAACCUUGAGGACCACAGCCAUGCCAAUGGUCGUACCAGAGCUUCCCGGUCUACGGCCUCUACCACGGGCCGACUGCUCAGGCAUCUCGCCGGUGUCACUACCUGGAACCAGGUACAACAGUGAAACCUACAUGUACAUCUGCUGCGCGUGCAAUGACGGACCCAAGAUCUACAACCAUCAACCCCAGUGUGUGAGCUGCAGCCACAUGGCCUGCAGCAAUUGCACUUAUGUCAAGUGA